AUGCCUGCUCUCGACGACUAUCUCACAAAACAACUCUUUAUUGAGAAGAACGUCGUCACAUACCGUUCUCUCAGUCGCCAGCUCGGUAUUCACGUCAAUGCUGCCAAAACAGAGCUCUCAAAGUUCCAUGAAACAUCUGUCGACAGCCCGACGCGUGCUUUCGCCACAUAUUUGGUCUCCGGCGAACUGUUCCCCACUGCUCCCCAAACGCAGGAUAGCACUUCAACGCAGACCGAAGAUGGGAUGGAUGUAGACUCAGAGCCCACAGAAUCCCAAUCUACAGAGGAGGAGGUGCCGACUACCACGCUGACGCUUGUGGGCGAACAAGACCUCGAACACGCAAAGUCGACAUAUGCGCGCAUAUUCUCAGUACACGUCUACUGUCUCAGCCCCUCGCCCCUCACGGACGCCGGUCUCAUUUGUGAUCCCUCCGCCAUAGUCUACAAAGCCGACGCUAAAGACGCCCCAACUUCCUCUAUUGCCCUCGGGAGAGUCGUCGGCCCAGACGUCCGGAUCGGCAAGGCGCUGCCGCCUGUGGCCUCAUCGUCGAAGGCAGCGGCAGAGUCGAUCUCCCGCAAACCGACUUUGAAAGUGAAGACAGAGAAGCCGGAAGACAAGACUCCAGUCACCAAGUCAGGGUCUGCGUCCAUCUCCAGCGCCGAGAAAGAAAAGGACAAGGCGAACGUCAGUGCUGCGAAGCCUAAAGCAACCGGUAAACUCGACUGGAGUAAGGCGAAGAAGACGCCGGAGAGCGACAAGAGUAAGAAGAAAGAGAAGGAGGUCAAGAAAGAGGAGAGCGUUUCUCCUGUAGAGAAGGCAGUCAAGAAGACCGCCAAACUCGAGAUCAAUGACGAGUCGCCCAAGGACGAUGGCAAGCGUGGAGUCAAGCGCAAAGUCGCCCCACCCGCAGUCUCAGAUGCCGAGGACAAGCCCACACCCCGCGCGAAGGAGAAGGAGAAAAAGUCUACGCCCGUGCCUGCGCCCGCCGACAUCAAGCUCCGCAAGAACCGCAUCGUGUCUGACGACGAGGAAGACACGCCUCCGCCGCCCAGGCGCAUCACAAAGACCAAGGCGCGUUCGUCCAUGGCAGCGGAUGCACUCGACUCCGAUGCCGAGAACAGCCUACGGGCGAUGAUGGACAUCGACGACGCUCUCGUGGAGAAAGCAUCUUCCUCGCGCCCAGUACCCGUUAAGCCGGAGCCUGCAGACGACGAAGACGAAGACGUCGAGAUGGCGCCGGAACCUGCAGCAGAGACGCAGCAGGCGUCAGAGGACGAGGAUGCCGCGCCGAAACCAAAGCCACGGAAGAAGGCACAGAAGAAGGUCGUGCCUGUGGGACGCAACGGCCUCAAGAAGAAGCGGAUCAUGAAGUCGCGCAUGACCGUCGACGCGAAGGGCUACAUGGUGACGGAGGACUACUCGUCUUACGAGUCCGUCGACGAAGAGGAAGCAGAGGAGGCAGCGCCGAAGAAGGGCAAGGGCAAGAAGGCGAGCACGUCGACGUCCUCGUCCGCUGCGAAAGCGAAGAAACCAGCGAGCAUCGACGUGGACGCCUCCGAUGCCGAGGAGCCCGUGGUCAAGAAGAAGCCGGUCGCGCGGGCACCCAGCACGACGAAGACCAAGAAGCAGCCCGCUGCGGCGCAGGGCAGCCUGAAGGAUUUCUUCGGAAAGCCUAAGAAGUGA